AGCCUGUUAAGCGAAAGCUUCUUGUAUUCCGUUCACAACCAUUUGAACCUUUUUAAAUGGCACCCACCUAGUUUACCUUUUGGCCUUGGGUUUAGCGCGCAAAAUGACACUAUUUCAGAGUUCGGAGAAACCUAAUGACCCCCUUGAUUCUUCACAAGAUCGUGGGAAAGAGUUCAGAACUGAAUCUCUAUUAUGUCGUCUGAAGUAUCAGAAUAAUUUGCCAGAGCUCCCUUUCGAUCCUAAAUUCUUAGUAUAUCCUCUCGAACCUUCCAGAUUCCUUCAAUAUGUUGCUACCUCUCUGGAAAGGAACUAUAAGCAUGAAUUACUCACAGAAACAGAUGUGGGAGUUGAGGUUGACUUAAUUGAUCCUGAUGUUUUCCGAAUUGACAAAAGAGCAACUCUUCAUCCGGAUGAUGAGCGACUCUUGGAAGAUGAGGCUCCUACUUUUGUCAAUGCACGUAAAUCUAGACAUCAAAAGUCAGUGUCCUGGCUAAGGAAAACAGAAUAUAUAUCUACUGAGCUUUACAAUCGUUGGAACAAAUCUGAAAAGGUGGAGUCUAGACUUGGGUACAAUGUUAAACGCCAUCUCAAUGAAGAGAUCGUGUAUCGUGAUCGCGAAAGCCAGAUCAACGCCAUUGAAGAAACGUUCAAAGCAGCUGAAAAACCUAUUCAUAAGCACUACAGUAAGCCAAACGUGCACGCUUUGGAGGUACUUCCAGUGUUACCGGACUUCACAUUAUGGAGAUAUCCAUGUGCACAGGUUAUUUUCGAUGAUGACCCCUCUCGUAAAAAUAAAACUACCACUGAACAAAAGGAGGAGGUGAAUCAAGCGAUGAUUCGUGGUAUGGUAGAUGAAUCUGGCGACCAUUUCGUUGCUUACUUCCUACCAACUGAACAGACUAAACAAUUACGUCGUUUGGAUGCUGAAAAUCGAAUACCAUAUACUGAAGAUGCUGCCUAUGAAUAUGAACUUACACGAGAGUACAAUUGGAAUGUCAAAAAUAAAACUAUGGCCAAUUAUGAAGAAAAUUAUUUUUUUUGUUUUCGUAAAGAUGGAGUUUACUAUAACGAAUUAGAGACCAGAGUCCGUCUUAGUAAACGGCGUAAAUUAAACCAGUCUGGUACUAAUGUUGGCGCUCUACAAGCCCCCAAAACUCGUUUGAUUGUUCAUCAUCGAGAUUUCACGGAUGAGGAAUUGAAGGCUCAAACUGACCGUUUAUAUAUGCUGGAACAUGAUGUUGAAGGUGACGAAGAAGAUGAUGAAGGAAAUGCAGAUGGUGAUGAGAAUGUUGCUGAUGAAGAAUCAAUAAACAAUGAAAAAGAAACCAAUCAUAAAACUAGUUAUAACGGUAGUGACGACGAAGAAGAGGCAGAGGAUGGAAUUAGUGAUGGUCAAAACACUGAGGCUGGAGAAGAAGCAGAGGAGGAAGCUGAAGUCGAGGAAGAAGAUGAAGAGGUCGAAGAAAUACAAAAGGUUGAAGCUAAAAAACGUUUCCAAUCUAAUAAUAACUAUAAUCGUUCCAAAACGUCUCAUCAUUCUGAUGACGAAAGUGACUUAAGUGACCUGAGUGAUUAAUUAUCAUUCAGACCGGAUAUCGUGUAUGCUUGUUUCUUGUAUUGUAUUAGUUUGUUUUCCUACUAAUUUGCAAAAUUACUUCGAUAAUGUGUAAAUAUAUCUAAUUCCUUGGUUGUUCUAUUAUAUCAUACAGUUUGCAUUGUUGUUUAUUUGCAAUCUUUUGGUAAUUUUCUAUAUCACUACAGUAUAUAAUUCUGAAAAAAAAUUCAUACUAAGUAACCAGUUAAAUUUCACAUAAAAGAUAGUUAUAGUUCUCGUGAAUUUUCUAUUUUUAUUCGCAAUAUAAACAUUUUACAGCUACUUAUGUUGAAAAUGGUAACUUAAGGUAGACCCUUUUAAUGUGUUUAGUCAUUUUUAUUAAAUAUUAUAACGAAAAAUCCGACUAACUA